AACAAUAAUUUGCCAUGUUUACAAGACUUCGAGGACAUGAAAUAUUUAUUAUUUAUUUUCUAUGUUUUACUUUUGUAUUUGUUGAUGUUGUUAAGAAGCUUUGAUUCAAUACAUAUUGGAUCGUUAGAUAGGCGUUUGAAGCACGAUAAAAAGCACACAAAAAGACAAAACACACACAAAGCAAAAUACAAUCACAAAAAACAGAAACUUCGAAACAGUUUGUUUCAUCUUCAACAACGUCUUAAAGAUGUCCAAUCAAGUAAGAGAACUUUAAAUGUAAAUUUAACACAUUGGCAAAAUGUUCCAUAUAUGGACCAAAACCACAUUUAUGAAACGAUUGCACCAGCUAACAACGAUGAAAUAAAUCCUAUUAAACGAAGUUUUAAAAUACAAAAUUGGGCAAACAAGGCGAAGAAUGGGAAUUUUAAAUCCACCUCUUCAAAUUUUAAUGGCAAAUCGUCUUGGACUUCCUCUUAUUUACCUGGAGGAUCUGCUACAUCUUCUUAUAAUGGAGGUUCUAUGAAAGAAAACUCUGCUGGCUCAGGCUAUAAGGGAAAACAGUUUGGUGGUGGAAUCUCAACUGAACUUUCUGGCUUUAAUGGAGGAUCAAGGACAGGAACCUCUACUGGAUCAGGUUAUAAAGGAAAACAAUUUGAUGGCAGAGUUUCGGCUUUUGACUAUGGUGGAGGCUCAAGUGGAGGUUUUAUGAAAGGAAUCUCUGUGGGAUCAGAUUAUAAAGGAAAACAGUUUGGUAGUGGACUUUCAGGAGCCAAUGUAAGCUCUAUGGCAGGAACCUCUGCUCAUUCAAAUUAUAAGAAUAAACAACCUAAUGGCACGUUUUCAGCUGGUCUUUUUGGUGCAGAUGGUGCUAUGAAUAAAAUCUCCAGCAGUUCAGAUUAUAAGAAGAACGGGUCUUCCAUCUCUGAAGGACGCUUUGCUGCUGGUACGGUCAAUUCUCUUACGGGAUCGUCACUUAGAGGAAAGUACAGUAAAGGAGAUGCACUGUUCAGACCUCGUCCGAAAUUAAAAACAGCAUUUGGAAGCUCAACGUCUCAGGGACAAAGACCUCAAAUGUACUUGUCAGGCAGCUCCAAAGAAGCAUCAAUAGGUCAAAAUAAUUCAUUAUUUAAUAAAGGAGAUGGUUUAGAAUUUGAAUCUGACACGUUAAAUGCGCAUGUAAAUACAGAUGCUCCCUUGAGUGCACAAAACACUAAUAGUAAAGUAGAGCAACAACAACAGCAACAACAACAAAAACCUCCACCAAAUCAGCAACUGCUGAAACAAAAGCAACAACAACAAACACAACAGCAACUGCAACCACAAACCCCACAAAACCCACAACAACAACAACAAAAACAACAACAAUCACAAAGACAACAACAACAGCAACCACAAAACUCACAACAGCAACCACCAAACCAACAACAACAACCUCAAAACCAAAAACAACAGCCUCAACAAAACCAACAACAGCAACCAUCACAAAACCCACAACAGCAACCUCAAAACCAACAACAGCAACCAAACAAACAACAACAAAAACAACAGCAAUUACAACCACAAAACCAACAAAAUCCACAACAACAACAAAAACAAAAACAAAAACAGCAGCAGCCACAACCACAAAACCAACAACAGCAACCACAAAACCAACAACAGCAACCACAAAACCAACAACACCAACCACAAAACCAACAACAGCAACCUCAAAGCCAACAACAGCAACCUCAAAACCACCACCAACAACAGCAACCAUCACAAAACCAACAACAACAUCAGCCACAAAACCCACAACUGCAACCACAAAAUCAGCAACAACAACCACAAAACCAACAACAGCAACCUCAAAGCCAACAACAGCAACCUCAAAACCACCAACAACAACAGCAACCAUCACAAAACCAACAACAACAUCAGCCACAACAAAACCCACAACUGCAACCACAAAAUCAGCAACAACAACCACAAAACCAACAACAGCAACCACAAAACCAACAACAGCAACCACAAAACCAACAACAGCAACCACAAAACCAACAACAACAGCAACAACAGUCACCACAAAACCAGCAACAACAGCAACAACAGUCACCACAAAACCAGCAACAACAGCAACAACAACAACAGCAGAGUCCCAACGAUUAUGAAGCGCAACCGGAAGUGAUAUACACACCCAAAGAGAAACCCAAGUGUGACAAUCUAUGCAACACUAAAGUAUUCUGUGAAAAAGGAUGUGACGAGAAUUCCAAAUGUAUUAAGGACUGUAAACCAGCUGACCAAUCAAAAGAGGAAAACCCAAAACAACAAAGUCAGUCCGAUGGAAACAAACCGAAAAAAAAUAAACCAACUGAUGCAAAGAAACCAAAACAAAAUAAACCAUCUGGGAAAGAAGGAGGAAAGAAUAAGAAUGCAUGUCAGGGUGAAGACUGCAAAGCCAAACCAACAAAGAAACCUCAAUGUAAAAGCAGUAGUAACAGUGAGGAGUGUGAUAUUGAACCUGAAACAUUAAAAGCGCAACAAAACAAAAUAUUAAAGCUACCAAACGAUGUCGCAGUUAUCACAACAAAGAAGCCACGCCCAAAAACAACAACCACGCCCAAACCAACAAAAAUUCCCAACGAGUUGCUCCCUAAGACAACUAUGAGUAGCCAAGAAGCUCAGCUUGGGAAAGAUCUUGAAAUCGAAUCUGAUACGUUAAAAAAUCAACUUGAUAAUAACUUUGCUGUGCAGCCUACACAACCUACACCAGUCAACCCAAUCCAGAAUAAACCAACAUUGCAAAAUCUUAACGAAGCAAUGCCUGUUAGUAAACCUUUGGCACGACCACCAUUAAACACACCACUAGAUAAUUUACAACCAGGAGAAAAUAUUCAAACUUCACCUGACAAUCCGCUGCCAGAUGUUGUUUAUACGCCAGGUAAUGGAAGACAAGAGGGACCAAAUAAUCCUAGACCUGGAAUUAUCUACUCUCCACCGAUGACAGAAAACACAAAGGAAAACAAAGGGAUUCCAUCGGAUAAUAAAAGGCCCAAUAGGCCACAUGUAAAAUUACCGCCAGAAAAUCCCUCGCCAGAAUGCGACAAGGCACCAUGUGCAGUAUUAUCGACGUCUGAAGACGAUAACAAAAAUUGCCAGAAACCACCAUGUGCAUUCCUACCAUCAAAGGAACUAAAUAAUGGCAAUUGCCAGAAACCACCAUGUGCAUUCCUACCAUCAAAAGAACUAAAAAAUGGUGAUUGUCAGAAACCACCAUGUGCAUUCCUACCAUCAAAAGAACUAAAUAAUGGCAAUUGCCAGAAACCACCAUGUGCAAUUGUACCAUCAAAAGAACUAAAUAAUGGCGAUUGCCAGAAACCACCAUGCGCAUUCCUACCAUCAGAGGAAUCAAAUAAUCAAGAGUGUCAGACACCACCAUGUGCAAUUCUGUCUUCUAAAAACAAAGACAAACAAAUCCCUUCCAAGGAGAGCGUCAAAUCGAGCAACAAAACACCGCCAAAUAAUAACAGUAAAGAAAAUCCUGUACCGGACAAUUCUGAAGAAAAUAGUAAACCUAAUAGUAAAGAGGAUAACAGAGACAAAAACGAGCCUAACCAAAACACGAAUGACGUCAGUAGCAACAAUGGCAGCCCGAAUGACAAAAAUGAUCCCAAGGAUAGUAAUCAGAAUGUAGAUGAACCUAGCAGUGGAAGCGAUAGUAACAAAAAUCCACAAAAGCCAAGUGAAAAUACUUCAACUUCUAAUGACGAUUCCAGUAAUGGCAACAAACCACUUAACGACCAAAGUUCUGACGGCAAGAAUAACCCUAAUAAUAAUUCCAAAAAUGAAGACUCUGAGGACUCAAAUAACGGGAAUUCAAACAAUAGAAACUCUAAAAAACCUGACCAAACCUCGCGAAACAAUGAUGGAACACCAAAUGAGAGUUGGGAUUCAAAUAAAAAUGACGGAGACUCUAAUAAAAAUAAGGGAGAUUCAAAUGAAACCAAUGCAAAUCCAAAUAAAAAUGACGAUUCAAAUAAUAAUAAGGGAGAUACUAACAAAGAUGAUGGAGAUUCAAAUAAAAAUAAAGGAGAUUCUAACAAAGAUGAUGGAGAUUCUAAUAAUAAUAAUAAGGGAGAAUCGAAUGAAGGUUUAAAUACAAACGAUGAAGGUUCAAAUAAAAACGAGAAAGGUCCAAAUAAAAAUGAUGGAUAUUCAAAUGAACUUGACAGAGACUCUAAUAAAAGUAACGGAGAUUCAAAUAAAAAUAAUGGCGGUUCAGAUAAAAAUAAUGGCGGUUCAGCUAAAACCAAUGCAAGUCCAAACAAAAAUGACGAUUUUAAUAAUAAUAAGGAAGUAUCGAAUGGGUACGAUAAAGGUCCAAAUAAAAAUGAUGGAAAUUCAAAUGAACUUGACAGAGACUCUUAUAAAAAUAAUGGAGAUUCGAAUACUAGCAGUUCAGAUAAAAAUAAUGGCGGUUCAGAUAAAACCAAUGCAAGUCCAAACAAAAAUGACGAUUUUAAUAAUAAUAAGGGAGAAUCCAAUGGAGACGAUAAAGGUGCAAAUAAAAAUGAUGGAAAUUUAAAUAAACUUGACAGAGACUCUUAUAAAAAUAAUGGAGAUUCGAAUAAAAAUAAUGGAAAAUCUAAUGGAGGCUCAAAUAAGAUCAAAGGUUCAAAUGACAAUAACGGAAGUUCAAAUGAAAACGAUGGUGGUUUAAAUAAAAACGAUGAGAAUUCAAAUAAAAAUGGUGGAGAUUCUAAUAAAAAUAAUGGAGGUUCAAAUAAAAAUGAUGGAGGUUUAAAUAAAAACGAUGAGAAUUCAAAUAAAAAUGGUGGAGAUUCUAAUAAAAAUAAUGGAAGUUCUAAUAAAAACGAUGGAGGUUUAAAUAAAAACGAUGUAGGUUCAAAUAAAAAUGAUGGAGAUUCUAAUAAAAAUGAUGGAGAUAAUAAUAAAAAUAAUGGAGGUUCAAAAAGUGAUGGAGAUAAAAGUACUAAAGAAUCUUAUAAAAAUAAAGAUGCUGGUAAGUCUGAUCACAAUUCCAAGAACAAAAAAGAUGAAAAUCAGAAAGCGACGAAUGAAAAGAAUAAAAAUGAACAAACUCACAAUGUGAAACCUCCAACGAAUCCAAAACCUACAAAUAAACCUGGAGUAUUAACAAAACCUACUCAACCAUCAAAUCAAAAAUUAACGACAGAAAAACCAUGUAAAUAUGGACAAUGCACAAACUCGGGUAUUUAUUUAUUUAUUCAUUUAUUUAUUUAUUAUUUUUGUUUUCUUUUGCAAAUCCUUUAAAUUUUAUGUCCCGUUUUCUGCCAGUUCCGAAAUCGUGUUUUUAUUUAUGCUUGCAUUUAUGCUUCAUUUCCCUUACUGCGUUUAUUUUAAGAUA